CUGUCAAAUGUGUUCAUUUCGUUGUCCAAUAAAAAUUAAGCUUUUUCAAAUUUCACAGGAAGUCGAUCGUUUUAACAGAAAACUAGUGGCAUCUGAUUUUAUUUUGUCAUCGUAUUAUGGCUCAAAAUAUAAAUCCUCAUUACGCAUCUUCGUCUAAUCCGGCGAAACAAAAUGAGGACACUAUAAAGCUGAAGGAUAAUCAUGCAGUGAGCAAACGACUUCAAAAAGAGUUGAUGGAGUUAAUGAGGUGUGCGGACAAGGGAAUAUCGGCAUUUCCAGAGUGCGAGAAUUUAUUCAAAUGGAUUGGCACAAUAAACGGCCCUCAGGACACCGUAUACGCGGGACACAAGUACAAAUUGUCAUUGGAGUUCCCCAAUUCGUAUCCGUACGCACCACCCGUAGUAAAAUUUCUGACGCCGUGUUUCCAUCCUAAUGUGGAUACGUGUGGGUUAAUAUGUCUAGAUAUUUUGAAAGAUAAAUGGACGGCUCUUUACGACGUCCGCACAGUAUUAUUAUCGAUUCAGAGCCUUCUUGCGGAGCCCAAUACACAGAGUCCGCUAAAUCAGCAAGCUUCGUACCUGUGGUCAAAUCAGCCAGCCUAUAAGAAGUACCUAGAAGAAUUUUAUAAUAAAAACAAAGACUCAUAGUUUGUUAGUGUCAUCUCUAAUUAUAAUUUGAGUUGCGUUGUAUUUUGUGUUGUGAAUGAUUGAUGUAAAUCUGAUACAGAACUAAAGAGUUGAUGGGUUGUGUGUCCACUUUGUUCUACUUAUGUUCAUUCACAAUACUAUUCAUUUGAUUCCAUAACAGACUUGACCAUUCCAAAUAGACAUGACCUGGUUUUAUUAUUUUUAAUAAAAUUUCACUUACAAAAAAACAUUUAACCUUUGCAAUGAAAUUAUAAUAGAACCAUACUUUAAUAUCAUUUUAAUUUAAAAUAAAGUAGUUAAAUAAAAAUUAAAAAUAUCAUUUGUGUAGGUUUUUAUAUGAUUAUUCAAGACUAUCUUUACAAUUUAUCAAUAAAUAAAAUUUACACAAACUUUUUAUUGGGGAGUCACUGAAAUACAAACAAGCUUAUAUAUGGUGACUCUAACAUUUAUGUUGGAAAUAAAAAAAAAUACAUGACAUAAAAAACUAACAUUCCUAAAUUAAUUUUUAUGAUAUUUUUCCUCUGUAAUUCAAUAGAAAAAAUUCAUGUUGAUAAAGUAUAUUUUUGUAGCUAACAUGUUUAAAAAUGUAAUUUAUUAUCUGAGCAGUUACACUGACCUAUCACUCUCAUAGUUCUGGUGAUUAGUAAGAUGAACUUAUAUUAAAAGAUCACUGACAAUUAUAAUUCUUUAGUGCAAUUGAAAUUGUUGUUGUAUUAUUUUUCGUAUUGACAACCUGCCCUAGAUUUGCAAUUGUUAAUGCAA